AUGCUGUUCCUGAAGUUCACUCUACUCACCUUUAUUGCAGCUCAGGGCAUGUAUGUUUCUGGAGACACUGGACUGAUAAAAGUAAAGUCUUCUUUGUAUGGCCGUACUGACAACAGUACCUGUAACACGACGUGGUUUCCAUCUGAGCCUGUCAAUACCAGCUGUUCAAUGAGGAUUUCCACUAUUGCUGAUAGAUGCAAUGGACUAAGAGCGUGUGAGCUGAAUACGGAAUUACUUGAUGACCCUGACCCGUGUUAUGGAACCUACAAGUACUACAACACCACUUAUGACUGUAUCAAUGGCCGGGUUGCUGUGAUCUGUGAGCGUGGCUACAGCACACUGGAUUGUGGAGAUGAUUCGAUUCAGAUCAUAAAUGCAAACUAUGGACGUGCUGAUUCAGUAACUUGUUCCAAUGGACUCUCUAACAGUUUGAUCCAGGACACCAACUGUUACGCUCCAAACACACUCCCGACUGUGGCUGCACUGUGUAAUGGACAGCAGAGAUGCACCGUAGAAGCUUCAUUCAAGCUCUUUACAGAUCCUUGCUUUGAGACUGUUAAAUAUCUCACUGUGUCCUAUUUGUGCAAUCGAGAAAUUGUGACCUGUGAACACGAUACAGCUGUGCUGACAUGCGGUGUUCACCGUUUAAAGAUCAUCAGUGCUAACUACGGCCGAACCGAUUCCACCACAUGCUCUUCAGGACGACCUGCCAAUCAACUCACCAACACAAACUGCUACACGCCUAGUGCAUCUGAUAAAGUUGCAGCUAGAUGUGAAGGACAGAAUGCUUGUGAGGUGCCUGCUACAAACAGUUUCUUCUCUGACCCCUGCUAUGGCACCUAUAAGUACCUGAAAAUUGUGUACAGCUGUACGAACGCAUUGGAAAGAGGGCCGGGGGCCAUUUUGUCCCAGAAGCUUGAGGGUGAGGAGCGUCCCAUGCUCACCAUGAUGCUCUUCCUGAGGCUCACACUACUCACCUUGCUUCUUGCAGCCCCUGGCUUGCUUGUUUCUGGAGAGAAUAUGAUUACCUGCUAUGGUGAUCUCCAGCGCCUCACUUGUGAUGCUGGACUGAUAAAGGUGAAGUCUACUAUAUAUGGACGUACGGACCGCAACACAUGUAAUGUUGGUCGGCCCCCUUCUCAGGUUGCUAAUACCAACUGUGUCUUGAAAAUUUUCACUAUUGCUGAAAGAUGCAAUGGACUAAGAGAGUGUGAGGUGAAGACAAAUUUACUUGCCAACCCUGACCCAUGUUAUGGAACCUACAAGUACUACAACACCACUUAUGACUGUAUCAAUGGCCGGGUUGCUGUGAUCUGUGAGCAUGGCUACAGCACACUAGAUUGUGGAGAUGAUUCGAUUCAGAUCAUAAAUGCAAACUAUGGACGUGCUGAUUCAGUAACUUGUUCCAAUGGACUCCCUAACAGUUUGCUCCUGAACACCAACUGUUACGCUCCAAACACACUCCCGACUGUGGCUGCACUGUGUAAUGGACAGGAGAGAUGCACUGUAAAAGCUUCACUCAAGCUCUUUACAGAUCCUUGCGUUGGGACUCUUAAAUAUCUCACUGUGUCCUAUUUGUGCAAUCGAGAAACUGUGACCUGUGAAGGCAAUACAGCUGUGCUGACAUGCGGUGUUCGCCGUUUAAAGAUCAUCAGUGCUAACUACGGCCGAACCGAUUCCACCACAUGCUCUUCAGGACGACCUGCCACUGCCAAGCAACUCACCAACAGAAACUGCUACACGCCUAGUGCAUUUUCUAAAGUUGCAGCUAGAUGUAAAGGACAGAACAGUUGUAAGGUGCCUGCUACAAACAGUUUCUUCUCUGAUCCCUGCUAUGGCACCAAUAAGUACCUGAAAAUUGUGUACAAGUGUGUCUCUAAAUUUUUCUACUCAAUCUUUGAUACAUCCAGCACCAUGAUGCUCUUUCUGAGGCUUACACUACUCACCCUGCUUCUUGCAGCCCCUGACUUGCUUGUUUCUGGAGAGAAUAUGAUUACCUGCUAUGGUGAUGUCCAGCGCCUCACUUGUGGUGCUGGACUGAUAAAGGUGAAGUCUACUGUAUAUGGACGUACAGACAACAACACAUGUAAUGUUGGUCGGCCCCCUUCUCAGGUUGCUAAAACCGACUGUGCCUCAAAAAUUUUCACUAUUGCUGAAAGAUGCAAUGGACUAAGAGAGUGUGAGCUGAAGACAAAUUUACUUGCCAACCCUGACCCAUGUUAUGGAACCUACAAGUACUACAACACCACUUAUGACUGUAUCAAUGGCCAGUUUGUUGUGAUCUGUGAGCAUGGCUACAGCACACUAGACUGUGGAGAUGAUUCGAUUCAGAUCAUAAAUGCAAACUAUGGACGUGCUGAUUCAGUAACUUGUUCCAAUGGACUCUCUAACAGUUUGAUCCAGAACACCAACUGUUACGCUCCAAACACACUCCCGACUGUGGCUGCACUGUGUAAUGGACAGCAGAGAUGCACCGUAGAAGCUUCAUUCAAGCUCUUUACAGAUCCUUGUGUUGGGACUGUUAAAUAUCUCACUGUGUCCUAUUUGUGCAAUCGAGAAAUUGUGACCUGUGAACACGAUACAGCUGUGCUGACAUGCGGUGUUCGCCGUUUAAAGAUCAUCAGUGCUAACUACGGCCGAACCGAUUCCACCACAUGCUCUUCAGGACGACCUGCCAAUCAACUCACCAACACAAACUGCUACACGCCUAGUGCAUUUGAUAAAGUUGCAGCUAGAUGUGAAGGACAGAACACUUGUGAGGUGCCUGCUACAAACAGUUUCUUCUCUGACCCCUGCUAUGGCACCUAUAAGUACCUGAAAAUUGUGUACAGCUGUGUCUAAAU